AUGAAGAAUGUUGUUGUAGUGGGCGGGUCGUACGUCGGAUUGAACCUCGCCGAGUCGCUCACGAAAACAUCAGAAGGACGGUUCAGAGUGCUCUUGGUCGAGAAGAAUAGUCAUUUCCAGCACCUAUUCGCGUUUCCGCGGUACGCGCUUACGACGAAAGUCGAUACACACAAGGCGUUUAUUCCCUACCAGAAGAGCAGACUCGGCCAGGAAGGCCUCAUCAUCCAGGCCAAAGUCCUCUCACUGACGAAAGAGGAGGUCGUUCUGGACCGCGACGUCGAUCUCGAUGGACAAAAAACGAACAAAAUUCCCUACGCGGCCCUGGCGAUUACUACGGGAACAAAACUCAGUCCACCGAGCACACUGCCUGGGAGCGAGAAGCUGGAUGGGACGGCGUAUCUGAGGAAGCAUGCUGCUCAAGUGGAAGCCAGCAAGAAAAUCGUCAUUAUUGGGGGUGGAGCGGUGGGCGUGCAGAUGGCCACAGACAUCAAACAGUUGUUCCCAGAGAAGAGCGUAACGCUGAUCCACUCCCGGGCACACGUAAUGAGCAAAUUCCACCCCGAUCUGCACGCUGUCGUCUCACAGCGCUUCGUCGAGCUGGAUGUGCAAACCGUACUGGGCCGCGGACGAGUCAAGCUGCCGGAGGAAGGGUAUCCCACUGAUGGACGCGAAUUUGAGGUGGAGUUACAAGACGGCACGAAAGUGUCUGCUGAUUUCGUGGUUAUUUCUACGGGGCAAGUGCCGCAGUCUGAGAUCCUGGCGUCCCUGGCGCCGAAAUGUAUCGAUGAGCAGGCUUUCAUCAAGGUCAAAGACACGCUGCAGAUUCAGGAUGAGAAGUAUCCGAAUAUCUUCGCCCUCGGCGACAUCGCAGCAACAAAGGCACACAAAGCUGCUCGUCCGGCAUCUAAACAAGCUGAAGUCGUUACGGCAAACAUCCAGCAUAUUCUCAACAGGCAGGAAGGGAAAGAGGAGGAGCUAGAGAAGUAUGAGGUCACGGACCCGGCGGCGAUUCAUCUCACGCUGGGAAUUGAGAAGAGCGUUAUUUUUAGGAAUCCGAGACAGGAUGGGAGUGAGGGGAGUGAGGAGCCGGUAGUUAUGCAUAAGGAUGAUGGGAAGUUCGAUAUGGGUAUCGAUGUGCUUAUCGUUGACACGUUCGCUGGGCUUGAACGAGGUACCGUGGAAGCUCUUGUUGAGUCCAAGGAGAAACAUGAACGCCAACGUCGUACCCCUGGGCGUGUUCAGGUGUACGAUCAAGAUGGAAGUGGCGAGGACAGCACAAACGAUGAUGAGGACGACGAGGACGCGGAGAACCAUCGGUGA